UUUCCGAUCUUAGACUAGAAAAUCAAUCCCAAAGAAGGUAUACAAGCAAUGUUGUUAUUCAUUCUCUUUCAUUUUAUAUAGUUAAAAGCUUCGUAUGACUCUGUAACUUUAAGAAGCAAAAUUCAUACUGUUUCUAUGCUGAAUAGGUAAAUCUGUAACUUGUGCUAAAAGAGGGCAUUGUGUUAGACUAGAAAAUCGAUUCCGAAGAAGAAAUGAAUAUGUAUGCAAAAUAAAGAAGUUGUGUUUUGAAUGAAGACCGCUUGAGCGGACUACCAGAUGACAUCCUCAUCCAUAUUCUCUCCUUAUUGCCAUUAAAGGAUGUUGUCAAAGGAAUCUGUAACGCAAGUAGAAGAUUUCAUAAGCUCUGGCCAUUCAUCCACACACUCAAUUUUGAUCAAUGCAUGUUUCCAGAACAUGACUGUGACUAUUAUUUGGAAGCUGGUCGUCCUGACUACGACGAAAGGUUUGUGCACUCCGUUCGUCACGUGCUUCUUCGUAGUAAAAGUCCAACUAUUCAUAAGUUCUGCCUUAAGUUUCAUUUUAGAUUGUCUUAUUCAUUUUGGCAAAGAACAUCCAACAGCACAGGCAUAUGGCAGUACUAUGAUUUCCUGAGGAGUGAGAAAAGGAUGGCUAAUGAAAUUGGUACCUGGAUCCAGUUCGCAUUAAAUAAGAAUUUGGAGGUCCUUGACUUGUCUUUCUCUGAGCAUGGUACAGUUGGGCCACAGGCACUUUAUGGUCUGCCUAAGUGUGUUCUAAGCAGUCCUCAUUUGGUUGAACUCCGGUUGACACACUGUACAAUAAAUGCAAAAAAGAAAAGUAAGCUGAAGUCUCUAAAAACAUUAUAUCUUAAUAAUGUUGUGCUAAUGGAUCAAUCGAUGGAUUAUAUUCUAUCUGGUUGCCCGAUGCUUGAGGAAUUGACAUUGCAGCUUUGCUAUGGCCAUAUAAGAGUGGUUCUACUCAAUUCAAAUUUAAAGACAUUGAAGUUUGACAUUGGAUGGUUUCGACAAAGGAUACAUGUCUCCUGUCCAACUCUCCUAUCAUUAGAUAUGUCUGGAGCUGUGGAGGUGCUGGAUAUUGCAAAUGUAGCAUCUAUUGCUGAAGUGUCUGUCAAUCGCAAUCUGAUAUUUGAUUUCGAUGUGUACAAGGAUUACCAAGGGAUCAAAACAUUCCUCCAAACAUUUACCGGGGCCAACACUCUCAAUCUAUGUUCCUGGUUUGCUCUGGUAUUUUCUGCGUGGCAGUUGAAAAAUCUACCAUCUCCGACCUUCAGCUGCAAAUCCCUUCAUCUUCAAUUGGAUUUUAUGAUAUGGAAUCUACCAGGAAUACUGAAUUUGCUGAAGCACUGUCCUUGCUUGGAGAAUCUUAUCAUCAAAAUUACGUCUUCUUACAAUGAAUUUACAUCCCAAAAACAACUAUCGUGGUAUCACCUAUAUAAAUUUGACGCGGAUGAAUACUGGAACAUGGUAGAUGCUCCUGUCCAAUGCAUGAUUCAUCACCUCAAGACGGUGGAGGUAGCUGGUCUCGUAAAGAAGAAAUUUGUGAUUCAGUUUUUGGAAUAUUUGCUCAGGCAUUCCAUGGUGUUAAAGAAAAUGAAGAUAUUUGCAAAGAAAAAAACCUCUAAAAUUUUUGAAUAUGAAGAGAGGCUAUUGAAUGCACCAAAAGUCUCUGCCUCUGCUGCAGUGCUCUUCUACUGAGGUGAACCCUUAGUAGAUACUUUUAGUUCGAACAGUUUGUUUCUGGGAACUCUUUUGCCAUAAACAGUUAGCUGUUAUUGGUCUGUGCACAAUGAAUUGCCCUGUGGAUACAGUUUCCUCCAUUUUCUGUAAUAACUGUUGAAGUGCUAUCUUGUUGGAUGUU